AUGCAAGGUUGCAGAACAGGUGACACUCCUGUUGCUAAAGGAUAUAAGUUUAGCCUCAAUCAGUGCCCUAAAGGCAGAUACUUAAGCAACACUGGUAUUGAUCACUGGAUAAUAGUCAAAAGGGUUAUGAGCCGCCAACACUCUAUCACCAGCUCCUCCACCUCCCUCUCCGCUCAAACCGCGCCCCUGAUCGCCGUCACGAGCUCCGACGAGCUCCAGCAGCCGAACCUCCUCUUGCAGCCACUCAGACCGCCACCCCACCUCGUCAUCGCUGCCUUUACCCUCGCCGCAGCUCCGCCGCUGCCCGACCCAACCGCAGACCCCUCCUCCCCCUGCCCACAACACCAACUCCACCCCUCGCCUCGCUGCAGCUCCUCCGCUGCGCCGACGGAAACCACCUCGCCGAGCCCAAUCCCCGUCGCCGCUCGUCGUCACCCCCUCCCACCUCCGGCGAACCCGCACAGCGGGAAGAAGUUCCGAACAGCGAGCCGAAUCAGUGAGUUCGCUGCAGAAAACUGCAGUUCGGAGCCGACUUCGCACGCGUUUUUCGGUCAACUCCGACCUCCGUUCCUGUCGAUUCCUUCGCCGGUACGUAGCCCUUCGUGUUGUCUAUCACACGCCGUCGAUUCCGCGAAACUCGUCGUAACGCUGUGCAAUCACCCCGACGACCCCCACUACGGUCCACGAUAUACCCGAGAUUUGGAGGACGGACAGCUACAGUUCGGAGUAGUACAGGAGCCAGAGGAUCCUCCGCAGGAAGGCUUUGCAGAUGGAGCAGAAGAACAAGUCGAAGCUUAGUUACCUCUUUACUUAGCUGAUGAUCCUAGUUUACUUUCCAGUACUUUUAUUUUCGUUGGUCGAUGUACUAUUUUUAUAUUCCCCAGUAUUCAGAUAGUUUUGUAUAAGGGCAUGUUUAGCCCGAAUAUUAUGUCUGGAUGAUCAUUACAGUUG